AUGGGCGCUCAGGGCCGGGGCGGGGCUCGCAGGGGCGCCGGCGUCGCGCGGCAGGGCUCCGCAAUGUUUGCCCGCUGCUCUCGGAGGUGUGCGGGAUCCGCGCUGCUGAUCGCGCUGCUGAGCUGCGGCCUUUCUCCUCCGGCACGGGCUGGCAAGAGCUCAGCGGACAUCCGCUGCAAAUGCAUCUGUCCCCCGUACCGGAACAUCAGCGGGCACAUUUACAACAAGAACGUGUCACAGAAGGACUGCAACUGCCUGCAUGUUGUGGAGCCCAUGCCAGUGCCUGGGAACGAUGUGGAGGCGUAUUGCCUGCUGUGUGAGUGCAAGUACGAGGAGCGCAGCACCACCACCAUCAAGGUCAUUAUCAUCAUUUAUUUGUCUGUGGUGGGGGCACUGCUGCUCUACAUGGCUUUCCUUGUGCUGGUGGACCCUCUGAUCCGAAAACCAGAUGCUUACACACAGCCCCUGCACAAUGAGGAGGAGAACGAGGACUCUCACUCCUUGGCUGCAGCCCCAACCCCGUCAGGGGCCAGAGCCAACACAGUGCUGGAGAGGGUGGAGGGAGCCCAGCAGCGCUGGAAGCGCCAGGUGCAGGAGCAGAGGAAGACAGUUUUUGACCGCCACAAGAUGCUGAGCUAGAGGAGCAGCACUGCAGCACCAAGACCCCGGGUAGCUCAGCAGGAUAAAUUAUAUGGUGCUGCUCCAGGAUGAAGAAGCCACUUCCAUCUCCAGUUUGCACUGAUGUUAAUUGGGAGUUCCAAAACACGAGACACAUGCACUGCAUGUGGGAUCCCUGCUGCUGGUCAGCUGCUGCUUGCACUUACUCUGGUGUAACCUGAGUGGAUGUCCAUGUUAUUCAAUGGAGUUUCUCCAGAUUUACACCAGCAUAACAGAGACUGCAGUUUGUUUCUGUGCAGGAGAGCUGCACAGAACUGAUUAGUAGAUUAACAAGUAAAAGAACAGGUAUGCUGAUUUAUGUUUCUAUCUCUGUUUACCUCCUUCAGCAGCAGAUAAAAAUACACUGGGGAGAAAGCUUUUGGAUUGUAACCCUGCUUGUAACCCUUGACAUUCACACAGUGCAUGAAAGGCAUUGUGUCCAAGAGAAGUGGGGCAGUGACUUUACUGGAGCACACCUUAUCUCUGAAUUGGAGAGAUAUGGGUUUGAAGGCUGAGCUAUUCAAUGGAUAAAGGUCUUUCUUUUUUGGAGCUGGAACUAGAUGAUCUUUAAGGUAUCUUUUAACCCAAGUCAUUCUAUGGUCUGGGAAGCCCUAGCCCUAGGAAGGUCACCUUUGCGUUCCUCAAAAUUCCCAAGAUCUCUGACUGUGCUUUGGCUGGAACUCUUAGAACAUCAGGAAGGUGCUGGAAUUUAUCAUGUAGCAUCUUUGUAUUAAAGGCAGACAAAGACCUUC